AUGGCACGAGUCUCCGAUACAGUCGCUCUCGACGCUACGGAGAUAGUUGUCUACAUAUUGCUCUUCCCGUUGAUCAUAUUCCUGGGAAUUCGCCAUGGCAGCAAGCAUGCGCUCGCCUUUGUCUAUCUCUGCCUCUUCUCUAUCCUCCGCAUUGUUGCCGACGUACUCGGCAUAGCCAACCGGAACUCGACAGAUGAAAACACCAUUGUCACGACUCAAGCCAUCAGCUCAGCCGGCUUGUCUCCCCUGCUCUUGAUUUUCGCCGCCUUCGCCCACGAAGCCCACCACUAUCAAGUCAAAGCCACCCUGCCUCACGAUCAGGCGCAAAACGUGCUACGCCAACUGCGGAGCCUUCAAGGAGCCUUUCAUGUCCUGUCAGCCGGCGGCAUGGGUUUGAUUGUCUACGGGGCCGAAAAAUCCGCCAGCAACGACAAUAACCACAACUCCAGUAUUUGGGCAAACCUCCGCAAGGUCGGAGUCGUCAUGAUGCUUCUUGCUGCGAUCGCAGAAAUCCUCUACGCGUUAUACGUUUGGAGCGCUGUACAUCGAACAAAGAAGGCUGUCCGACCAAUUAACCUCAUCUCGUUGGCAAUCUGCACCUGUGUCAGUGGCUUGUUCGUCGGGGUCAGGGCGAUUUACUCGGUCGUCUACACCUUCGAUACGAACCCGGAUAUCAGCCCGGUCACGGGCAAGUUUCUCGUCAAGCUGAUCUGCAUCGUUCUGGUUCAGUUCUUGGCCGUCGCUUGUCUGGUCAGUGGUGCCUGGUUGAGCAGGAACAUCCGGAGGGACAUGGAGUAUAUGUCGAUUCAGCCGGCUGAGCGCCUUUCGGCCAAUGGUGGCUAUGGAGACUCUGCCAUGCCUCUUGUGCCCCAGGAGUAUUCGAACAAGUGGACGCCACGGAGUUAUGAUGCUUGA